CCGCGCAGAAAGCAGAGCGCCAGCCCAGCCAAAGCGGUAAAGCUUUGCACAGCAGGAAAAGAUCCCUGUGAAGAGAGAGAGCGGAGAGAGGCCUUUUCCAGUUUUUACUCACCUGCACCAUCUCUUCACACUGCAAUCUCCUCUCCCUCUGCCAUCGCCUUUCCGGUGCAAAAGAUUUCGCCCUCGGGAAGCGAGGCGCGCAUUUUCCUCCGUGGCCGGCGUGGCAACGGAAAAGCCCCAACUCCAAUCCCAUGGCUGGCGGAAAGCGGCGGCGGCAGCGAGAAAAGAGCGCGAAAGCCGCCAUGGCGACAGGGUGGCCGCAGCUCCGCCUCCUUUGCGCGUAGGACUGCAGAUUCCUUCGAUCUUGGUACUGGUACUAGUACUACUACUACUAGUCGCCUCCUGCUAGCAGCAAGCAAAGAGAGAAAACCAGGAAGCAUCCCCCGGCAUUCCCCUGCCCGCGCCUUUUCUUUAGCGGUUGUUGCUUUCUUCUUUGGGCGCCUGGGUUUUGGCCUCCUCCGCACGCAAAAGAACCGCCCGUCUUCUUCCUCCCCGGCGUGUCCUCGACGGCUCGUUCUUCGCCGGCCUCUUCUUGGACCCGUUUCUUGUUCCGCUUUUGAGUGGAGUCGCAGCGGAGCGGAGUGAAUCAGUGAGGUGGUGAAGGGUUGGCUUUCUUGGGACGCGAGAGAGGGGGAAGAGGAGGAGGAUGGCCGGAGGAGGGGCAGCGCCGCCGCCGAAGCAGGAGGAGCUGCAGCCGCACCCGGUGAAGGACCAGCUGCCCAGCGUGUUCUUCUGCAUCACCAGCCCGCCGCCAUGGCCUGAGGCCAUCAUACUUGGAUUCCAGCACUACAUUGUGAUGCUGGGCACAUCUGUCAUCAUACCAAGUGCUCUUGUUCCCCAGAUGGGAGGAGGAAAUGAGGAGAAGGCUCGGGUGAUCCAGACUCUGCUGUUCGUCGCCGGCAUCAACACCUUGUGCCAGUCAUUCUUUGGGACUCGUCUCCCUGCAGUGAUGGGUGGAUCUUACACCGUCGUUGCGCCGACCAUUUCCAUCAUCAUGGCCGGCCGCUACAGCAACGAAACAGACCCUCAUCAGAAAUUCCUGCGGACUAUGCGAGGAACGCAAGGUGCUCUCAUCAUCGCAUCGACAAUUCAGAUCAUACUUGGUUUCAGUGGCCUCUGGCGCAAUGUUGUUAGAUUUCUAAGUCCAUUGUCUGCUGUUCCUCUGAUCUCGCUAGCUGGAUUUGGGCUCUAUGAGCUUGGUUUUCCAGGGGUUGCCAAGUGUGUGGAAAUUGGGCUCCCAGAAAUCAUUCUAAUGCUCAUAUUUUCUCAGUAUUUACCUCAUGCUAUUCAUGUGGCAAAGCCUGUGUUUGACCGAUUUUCUGUAAUCUUCACCAUUGCUAUUGUAUGGCUGUAUGCAUACAUUCUUACUGCCAGUGGUGCGUACAAGAAUGCCCGAACAAAGACACAAGUGCAUUGCCGUGUUGACCGCUCUGGACUUAUAAGUGGAGCACCUUGGAUUAAUGUCCCGUACCCUUUCCAAUGGGGAGCUCCAACAUUUGAUGCUGGUGAAUGUUUUGCGAUGAUGAUGGCCUCAUUCAUUGCUCUUGUGGAGUCAACUGGGACCUUCAUCGCGGUGUCAAGAUACGCAAGUGCGACUAUGAUACCUCCCUCUGUUCUUGGUCGUGGCAUUGGUUGGCAGGGCAUUGGUACUUUACUGGGUGCAUUUUUUGGGACAGCUAAUGGAACUGCUGUGUCAGUUGAAAAUGCUGGUUUACUUGCCCUGACACAUGUUGGCAGCCGGAGAGUAGUCCAAAUAUCUGCAGGAUUCAUGAUUUUCUUCUCUAUUCUUGGGAAAUUCGGAGCCAUUUUUGCGUCCAUCCCACUGCCAAUAUUUGCUGCCCUGUAUUGCAUAUUCUUCGCAUAUAUCGGCGCCUGUGGUCUCAGCUUCCUUCAGUUCUGCAACCUGAACAGCUUCAGGACCAAGUUCAUCUUGGGGUUCUCCUUGUUCAUGGGCUUGUCAGUCCCCCAGUACUUCAACGAGUACACAUCUGUGGCCGGCUAUGGCCCGGUGCACACUGGCGCCCGAUGGUUCAACGACAUGAUCAACGUGCCCUUCUCGUCGAAGCCUUUCGUGGCGGUGCUGGUGGCCUUCUUCCUGGACAACACGAUCCAGCGGCGCGACACGGCGGUGCGGAGGGACAGGGGAUACCACUGGUGGGACAAGUUCCGGAGCUUCAAGACCGACAGCCGCAGCGAGGAGUUCUACUCCCUGCCCUUCAACCUCAACAAGUUCUUCCCGUCCGUGUGAUCGCGCACCCGUCCAGGGCGUUUCUUGGCGAUGGCUCGGGGCUAGAGAAAAAAUGAUCAGGCCAGUGUAGGUGAUGCUUGGUUGACUAGUCUGUACAUUCAGAGGGUGAACUGCUGGACUGUUCCAUGGGAGCUUUUGGGUUUUGGCAUGUCUCAACGUUUGGUCGCAGCAGUUUGGUUCAAAUGUUCAAUGUGAUAGAUGAUGCUGAUAGUUGAGACGCUAGGUUGUUAAGUUCUUUUGCGUUGCCUAGAAGAAUGACAGUUAUUAUGGUGCUCUGUAGUGAUCAGUAUAUAACUGUAAUACCUUUGGUCACGAGAACACGACGUUUUGGAACUAUUAAAACUUCUGCUACCAAAUAGUCUUAAAGUAUGGUCUUGAACUUAAGGAAUUUUGUUUGGAAA